CGGUUCGGUCUGUCACGCGAUCCGGUCAACCGUCAACCCUUCUGGACCUGUCUGCUCUUCUCGACACUACGUCGAAAACCUGUAUUUCUCGAACGAAUAUGCUUGCUAACAUGACAUAUAGCUCCAGAAACGGCGGCGGCGGCGGCUACGGUAACGGUAACGGUUACUCCAACGGUGGAGGCUACGGCGGCGGUGGUGGUGGUGGUUACGGCGGUGGUGGCUAUGGCGGCGGCUACGGCGGCGGCGGCUAUGGUGGCAGAGGAGGUGGUGCCGGCGGUGCUGGCGGAGACCGCAUGUCCAACCUGGGCUCUGGUCUGAAGAAGCAGGAAUGGGACCUUGACUCCCUGCCCAAGUUCGAGAAGUCUUUCUACAAGGAACACGCCGAUGUCGCCGAGCGCUCUCAGCGUGAUGUCGACGAGUUCCGUAAGAAGCACGAGAUGGCUGUUCAGGGAAGAAACGUCCCUCGCCCCGUCGAGACCUUCGACGAGGCGGGUUUCCCUCAGUACGUCCUCAGCGAGGUCAAGGCCCAGGGCUUCGACCGCCCCACCGCUAUUCAGUCUCAGGGUUGGCCCAUGGCCCUCUCUGGUCGCGACGUCGUCGGUAUCGCUGAGACUGGUUCCGGAAAGACCCUGACCUACUGUCUUCCUGCCAUCGUUCACAUCAACGCCCAGCCUCUUCUCGCCCCCGGUGACGGCCCCAUUGUCCUUAUCCUCGCCCCCACCCGUGAAUUGGCCGUUCAGAUUCAGGCCGAAAUCUCCAAGUUCGGAAAGUCUUCUCGUAUUCGCAACACCUGUGUCUACGGUGGUGUCCCCAAGGGUCCUCAGAUCCGUGACCUGAGCCGUGGUGUCGAAGUUUGCAUUGCGACUCCCGGUCGUCUGAUUGACAUGCUCGAGGCUGGUCGCACCAACCUUCGUCGUGUUACCUACCUCGUUCUGGAUGAGGCCGAUCGCAUGCUGGACAUGGGUUUCGAGCCCCAGAUCCGCAAGAUCAUCUCCCAGAUUCGCCCUGACCGUCAAACUUGCAUGUGGUCCGCUACAUGGCCCAAGGAGGUUCGUCAGCUUGCUUCUGACUUCCUCAACGACUACAUCCAGGUCAACAUUGGCUCCAUGGAUCUGUCGGCCAACCACCGUAUCACCCAGAUCGUCGAGGUCGUCUCGGACUUCGAGAAGCGCGACAAGAUGAUCAAGCACCUUGAGAAGAUCAUGGAGAACCGCGGCAACAAGUGCCUUAUCUUCACCGGCACCAAGCGCAUCGCUGACGAGAUCACACGCUUCCUCCGCCAGGACGGAUGGCCGGCACUUUCUAUUCACGGUGAUAAGCAACAGCAAGAGAGAGAUUGGGUCUUGAACGAGUUCAAGACGGGCAAGAGCCCAAUCAUGGUGGCUACUGAUGUGGCUUCCCGUGGUAUCGGUAUGAAUAAAUCGCAAACUCCUCCCCUCCCCUCCCCCUUCCCCCCUUCCUUUCUUGCCGCCAAGUCACCCUCACCCGUAUUGAGGUUGCGUGACCAUGGCACGGUGCUUAACUCUCUUCCACCAAUUGUUGGUGUGUAUGACUCUUCCAGGCUUUGUCGGGUCUCCUGAAAUGGUUCUCUAGCCAGGAGGGCCUUGGACUCACAGUGCAGUGUAGCAGACGUAUUACUCUUCUGUUCUGAUUCACCAUAUCAACCCUUUAAAAACUUGGCCGGUAGAGGGAGGGGAACUUCCUCUCUUGCCGACUCGUUGAAGCUGCAUUCCAAGGUUGC